AUGUUUAGACCUGUUGUUCGUUUAUCAGCCAGAAGAUUAUUCUCAAUCACCCCAAGAAGAAGCAACUUAGUUUCUGAUUUAUACAUCCAAGAAAUUAAGGCCUUCAAACCAAAGGCUCUUACUCAAGAAGAAAUCAACAGUGCUGUCAAGGCUUUCCAAUUACCAGCCAAGCCAGUUGCUCCACAAGCUGAAAUCUCCGCUGAAGCUGUUGACCAAUAUGAAGCCGCUGACGUUGAAACUGAAGUUCCAACUGGUGAACACGGUGAAGCUAUUGAAGAAGACUGGUUCGUCUUCGAAGAAGAAGAACCUCAUCAUUAA